GCUCGGCCUACUCUGAGUCUCGCGCACGCAGGUAGAGUCUCAGGCUAACUUCAGCGUCUGCCAUGGCCACCGUUCAGUUCCUCAAUCGUUUGAUACUGCCUACAAUUGUAGGCGCCACCAUUCUGAACGCCAGUAUCUACGAUGUGCCCGGUGGCUACCAGGCGGUUAUGUUCGAUCGGUUCCAGGGUGUGUCGGACAAGGCAAGACCGGAGGGCACUCAUUUCCUGGUUCCUUGGCUUCAGAGAGCCAUCCUGUAUGACUGCCGCAUCAAGCCACGGAAUAUCUCCACCACUACUGGCUCAAAGGACUUGCAAAUGGUCUCUAUUACUCUCCGUGUCCUGUCAAGACCGGACAAGGAGCACCUGCCCCGCAUCUAUCAAAGCCUUGGUCUGGAUUAUGACGAGAGGGUUCUUCCAUCCAUUGGAAAUGAAGUCUUGAAGAGCAUUGUUGCGCAAUUCGAUGCUGCCGAGCUCAUUACGCAGCGUGAAGUCGUCUCGUCACGGAUACGGGCUGAUUUACUACAGCGUGCCGGGGAAUUCAACAUUCAGCUGGAGGAUGUAUCCAUAACACAUUUGACGUUCGGGAAGGAAUUCACCCAGGCUGUCGAAGCGAAGCAGAUUGCACAGCAAGAUGCUGAGCGUGCGAGGUUCAUUGUGGAAAAGGCGGAGCAAGAGCGGCAAGCUGCUGUGAUUCGAGCCGAGGGUGAAGCCCAGGCCGCAGCAACUAUCCAGCGAGCUUUGGACAAGGCAGGGGAGGCCUUCGUCACCUUCCGAAAAAUCGAAGCCAGCAAGGCAAUCGCCCAGUCGCUAGCCAGCAACCGCAAUGUCACUUACAUACCGAGCGGCGGAGGGAACGUGCUGCUGAACGUCCCGACCGACAAAUGACGCUGAGGUGUACGUACACUGUCGGAUGAUCAGCUUUGAGUAAGGGACGCGGGUUCUUCACGUGGAGCGGGUAGUUAAUCCCAUUGUAUCUCCCCGCUCGUGUUGUGUAGCACGGUGUAUAUAAACCACUAGGUCUCUCUAAUUUACGAACCCCCAACUUACCACUGCC